CAACCAUUUUUCUCUUUCUUUGCAACGUCUCACUUCUCUUCUUCCAUAAAUCAAGAAGAAACUUAUUCUUUUCUCAUCUCUCUCAAUCCCUCUUCCCUCACAAACUCAUUUGAGUCAUUGCCUCAACUGAUAAUUUAUUCCUAUUGUUUUCUCUUCUGACAUUUUUUUUUCUUCUUUUUUUUGCUGCAAUCUCUAAAAAUUGAGGUUUUUGAAAUAAUAAGAGGUAUGUUUUCUGCUUUUCUAGACUCCAAUCGAGAAUGAGAAAAAGAUUAUGCUGUUUCUUUUAAGGAGUUUGGUUAACCUCGAUAUUGAUGCAAGUUUUGUUUAUAAUUUUUCUUGUGCAGUAGAGGUUUUUCAUUGGUUGCAUGAAUUUUGCAGUAGAGUUUGACAGUUCAUAAUAUAUAUAUAUAUAUAUAUAUAUAUAUAUAUAUAUUAAAUUUUUUUCAAUUAAGAGAGAAAUUUCAUUUUGUUUAUGUAUAGAUGUGUUAAUCCUCAAUAAAUUUUGAAACAUGGAUUUAUAUAGACUUUUUAACAAUUUAGAGAUUUUUUAUUUUAUUUUAAAGAAUACUCUUUAACAAUUUAGAGAUAAGUGGCCUAACGAUAAUUCUCUCCCGGGGCCUCGAAAGACUCAGGACCGGCCUUGCCUACUGGUGGCAUUAUAUUAAAGGUGGGACGCAUGAAUUAGGUAGCAAGUGAUGGGUUUGGUAUCUACAAUGAAUAUAUGCAAGGACCUGUUCCCGGGUCCUUCACUAUCAUUAAACCAUUUUAGAUAGAGAAAGAAAGGUCAAGCAAUUAGGCUGAACUGAAAAAUGGGAGAGGAAAGAUAUUUACCACUGUUUGAGACAACGAGAGCAAAGGGAAGAGUCCUAUACAGGUUAUUUGCAGUGUCUGUUUUUGUUGGUAUAUGUUUGAUAUGGGUAUAUAGAGUGACUCACAUACCGAAAGCUGGAGAAGAUGGAAGAUUUGGUUGGAUGUGUUUGUUCGCUGCUGAGUUAUGGUUCAGCUUUUACUGGGUCGUCACUCAAACCACUCGGUGGAGCCGCAUCUACAGACACACCUUCAAGGACAGGCUUUCUCAAAGAUAUGAGAAAGAAUUGCCAGGGGUGGACAUAUUUGUGUGCACCGCGGAUCCAAUCAUAGAGCCACCGAUGAUGGUGAUGAACACCGUUUUGUCGGUCGUGGCUUACGACUACCCACCGGAGAAGCUCAGCGUGUAUCUCUCCGAUGAUGGUGGCUCAGAACUAACAUACUAUGCUCUACUAGAAGCUGCUGAGUUUGCUAAGCACUGGAUACCACAUUGCAAGAAAUACAGUGUGGAACCAAGGUCGCCGGCUGCUUAUUUCGUUUCAACAGCUUCUGAUGCGGUUGGUGAUCAAAGUCAGAAUCAGAAUCGAGCUGGUGAUGUGGCUCUCAUUAAGAAAUUAUACGAGAACAUGGAGAAUAAAAUUGAAAAUGCAGUGAAGCUAGGCCGCAUUUCAGAAGAAGUACGAUCAAAACAUAAAGGUUUUUCUCAGUGGAACUCAUAUUCAUCAAAGCUAGACCAUGAUACCAUUCUUCAAAUAGUAGUUGAUGGGAGAAACCCAAAUGCAAGAGAUGUUGAAGGGUGUAUGUUGCCAACUUUGGUGUAUUUGGCUCGGGAGAAGAGACCCCAGUACCACCAUAACUUCAAAGCUGGCGCUAUGAAUGCACUGAUUAGGGUAUCAUCGAGCAUUAGCAAUGGGAAGUUACUUCUUAAUGUAGAUUGUGAUAUGUAUUCGAACAACUCCAUGGCCAUAAGGGAUGCACUUUGCUUCUUUAUGGAUGAAGAACAAGGCCAUGAGAUCGCAUACGUACAGUUCCCACAGAAUUUCGACAACCUUACUAAGAAUGAAUUAUACGCUUCAUUAAAAGUAAUUAACGAGUUAUUGUUUUGGUAUAUACUGAAGGUGGAAGCCCAUGGUCUGGAUAAUUAUUGGGGGACAUUAUAUAUUGGAAGUGGAUGCUUUCACAGAAGAGAAGUUCUUUGUGGCAAUAUAUUCAGCAAGGGUUGUAGGAGUGAAAUGAAAUGGGAGGGUAAAAAAGGAGAAGAAAUUGCCAUUCAUGACUUGGAAGAAACUUCAAAGAGUCUUGCAAGUUGUGCAUUUGAAGAGAACACUCAAUGGGGAAAAGAGAUGGGUUUGAAAUAUGGGUGUCCGGUUGAAGAUGUGAUAACGGGGUUAUCGAUCCAAUGCCGAGGAUGGAAAUCAGUGUAUUGCAAUCCAACAAGGAAAGCUUUCUUAGGAUUAAAUGCAACCACAUUGCUUCAGAUACUUGUGCAGCAUAAGAGAUGGUCCGAAGGUAACCUCCAGAUUAUGCUUUCAAAGUACAGUGCUGUAUGGUUUGGGCAUGGAAAGAUUAGUUUAGGCCAUCAACUUGGAUACCUUCGCUACAACUUAUGGGCUGCUAACUGCUGGGCAACACUAAUUUACUCGAUUCUCCCUUCACUUUACCUCCUUAGAGGCACAUCCUUAUUUCCUCAGAUUUCAAGCCGAUGGAUCAUACCAUUUGCAUAUGUUAUAAUUGCUAAGAACAUUGGGAGCUUUCUGGAGUAUAUGUGGUGUGGAGGCACAACGUUAGGUUGGUGGAACGACCAACGUAUAUGGCUUUACCAGAGAAUAACCUCAUACCUAUUUGCCUUCAUCGACACCAUUGUACACUACCUUGGAUACACAGAUUCAGCAUUUGUAAUAACAGCCAAGGUGACCGAUGAAGAUGUGUCCGAACGGUACAAGAAAGAGAUCACGGAAUUUGGCGGAUCGUCUCCAAUGUUUACCGUACUGGCAACACUAGCAUUGCUCAACUUGUACUGCUUUGCCGGGUUUGUGCAGGCAGCAAUCGCUGGAACAAUUGGCGUUGCAGAAGUUUAUGAGACAAUGUGCUUGCAGAUUCUUCUAUGUGGGGUUUUGAUUGUCAUUAACCUACCGUUGUACGAAGCCCUAUACCUAAGGAAGGACAAGGGGAAGCUGCCAAGCUCUGUAGCAGUUAAGUCAAUGGCAUUUGCUGGAUUUGCUUGUAUAUGUUCUAAAUUUAUAUACUAAACAUGAGGAAAUGGUUUAGACUGAUAAAUGUAGAAUAGCAGCUCAAUUUGUCAUUGAUUGUGCGUAUUUGCAUUAUGCGCAAUAUAUAAGAUCAUAAGAGAGCUGCGAUAUAAAUAAUCGUUGUAAACAGGACUUUAGUUGCAACAAAUGAACUAUGCUGUAAUAAAGAAGUAUUUAAUUUGUAACUAAAUUCAAGGCAUAGUUCUAAUUCCA